AUGUUCACAGGAACUCGCCGGCAGAAGAUGAGCAAUGCUCUCCGGAUCAUCCUGUUGGGAAAGACGGGAGCGGGGAAAAGUGCCACAGGAAACACCAUCCUGGGCAGAGAGGCGUUUCAGUCUGAGCUGUCAUCUUCCUCUUGGACGUAUGAAUGUAAGAGAGCUGACGGGGAUGUCAGAGGUCGUACGGUGGCCAUCAUUGAUACCCCAGGGCUGUUUGACACUAAUUUUAGUGAAGAAGAACUGCUGAAGAGGAUUCAGCCCUGCAUGUCUCUGUCUGCUCCGGGUCCCCAUGCCUUCCUUGUGGUUCUUCAGCUGGGCCGGUUUACAAAAGAGGAGAGAGACACCAUUAAAACCAUUCAGAGGUAUUUUGGUGGGGACGCAGCCAAGUAUUCUCUUGUGUUAUUCACACAUGGGGACAAAUUAAAGAAGCAAACCAUUGAAACCUUUAUUUCAAAGAGCGAGGAGCUCAAAGGCCUUGUUGAAAUGUGCUACAACAGAUACCACGUCUUCAACAACCGAAUCAGCAGCCAUGAACAGAUCGACCAGUUACUAGAGAAGAUCGACAGGAUGAUUCUGGAGAAUGAGGGAGGAUAUUACACGGCCAAGAUGUUCCAAAAGGCUAAAAAGGCGUCAAAGAAAGAGCAAAAGAGAGCUUUAAAGGAGCUCCAGGAUGGAGAGCAGGAGAGGAGGAAUGCUCUGAGAGCUGAAGUGGCCAAAGAAAUGGGUCUGACAGAGAAGCCAAAAUGUGUUGUACAGUAG